AUGUGGACCUUCCUGGGGAGACCUGAGUGUAUUCUGUGUCUGUUUUCUGCCUUGUCCGUGAUAGCUCCGUCCAGGGAUAAGCAGUUACCCAGGCUUAAUCAAACUCACUUGACCCCCUUGUUGCUGCGGAUUCGAAAGGUAGGUCUGAAAGUUGAGGGAUCACAGUUCACACUGGAAGGUUCCCCAUUCCGGAUCCUAUCUGGCACUAUGGACUACUUCCGGAUACCGAGGCAGAACUGGAGGCUCAGCUUGAGGAAGAUGAAAGUUGGUGGCUUCAACACCCUUACCACGCAUGUUCCUUGGAACCUCCAUGAGCCAACAGUGGGCCAAUUUCACUUCACUGAAAACUUGGACCUCAUAGCUUUUGUCACCAUGGCUUCAGACGAGGGGCUCUGGGUCAUUCUGUGCCCAGGUCCCUACAUCGGCAGUGACCUGGACCUUGGAGGCUUGCCCAGCUGGUUACUCAAGGAUCCCAAAAUGAAGCUGCGGACAACUUACAAGGGAUUCACCAGAGCGAUGAAUGAGUAUUUCAAUCAUCUGGUUCCCAAGAUAGCAAUGUUCCAGUAUACAAAAGGAGGCCCUAUCAUCGCUGUGCAAAUUGAGAAUGAAUAUGGCUCCUACAAUAUGGAUAAGAAGUAUAUGGCAUAUGUCAAAACGGCUUUGGUGUCAAGAGGGAUCAGUGAGCUGCUCAUGACUGCAGACGAUGGCCUGAAUCUGAGAAAGGGCCACUUGAAAAACGUGCUGGCCACUGUCCACAUGAAGAAUAUAAAGAAAGAAACAUACGAAGAACUCCAAUCCAUUCAAGGCAGAAGCCCCAUACUGAUGAUGGUGUAUACGACAGCCUCUUCUGAUACAUGGGGAACUCCCCGCCAGUUUGGAGAUCCACAGAUGCUGUUGAAGGAUGUGCGGGAGAUGUUCAUCCUUGGGUUCUCCUUCAACUUCUACAUGUUCCAUGGCGGCACCAACUUCGGUUUAAUAGGUGGAGCUAGAUCUUCCAAUGGUUAUCUACCUGUAGUAACCAGCUAUGAUUACUGUGCAGUGCUGACAGAAUCUGGCGAAUACACGCCCGAGUACCGGGUGUUUCAAAUGUUUUUUCACUAUGUUACAGAUGUUUCCACAGUCACUCGACCAAAAGCUACAAACACGGUUGCCUAUAAGCAAUUGAUACUCUUACAUUUCCUCACCCUGUGGGACGUCCUGCCCCAUCUGGACCAGCCAGCCAAGUCUUUCAAGCCACUCUCCAUGGAGCAGCUGCCUGUGAACCAAGGGUAUGGCCAGUCCUUUGGGUACACGCUUUAUGAGACCACCAUCUUCAAUGGAGGCCUCCUCACCACAAAGGGUCAUAUUCAAGACCGAGGGCAGGUGUUUUUGGAUAACAAAUACGUAGGAGUCCUGGAUCGUUUCAAGAGCGAGCUGCUUCUUGUGAAAAAUCCCUCCAAGAAAACCCAGAUCCUGAGGAUCCUGGUGGAGAACCUAGGCCGACUCUCUUCUGGGUUGGAUAUCAACAAAGAGAGAAAAGGUCUAACUGGAGACAUCUAUCUGGACAAGACUCCUCUGAGACAAUUUAGAAUCUACAGCCUGGAAAUGAAAAACGCCAUCACACAAAUGUUUCCUGACUCCUGGAAAGUAGUUACAAGCCAUGUUCAGGGCCCUGCCUUUUUCCUCAGUCACUUGAGAGCUGGAGAUCCUCCCCAGGACACCUUCAUAAAAGUAAAGGGCUGGAGAAAGGGUGUCAUAUUCAUCAACGGACGAACCCUAGGACGAUACUGGAAUAUCGGUCCCCAGGAAACCCUCUAUGUCCCUGCUGCCUGGCUCCAUCCUGGAAUUAAUGAGAUCAUAAUAUUCGAGGAGUUGAAAGGAGGCCUAAAGAUCCGCUUCUCAAGAGAGGCUAAACUCGGACAUUGAGUGUCAACUAUUGUGAAAUAAACUAGAAGUCAGACAGCUGAAUCCCAUCCACCGUGGUGGUGGGCGUAUCCCAUGAGUCCUGACACAUAGGUGGGUCUCUGCAUCCACCCUGGCUUCUCUUUCUACCCUAUUCUGGGCUCAGUUCUACCAUCCGUCUCCUCCUUUGACA